CACUGUUACCACUGUGACACUGUCCCUUCUUCCCAGAGCCCUCUCAUUGUCUGUCUGUAACGGAUCUCGUCCCAUACUUCUCUCUCUCUCUCUCUCUCUCUCUCUAAAGUUACUAUUUUUACAGAGCCCUCUCUUUCUCUUUCUCCAUAGAAGACUAUCGUUUCUUUGAAAUAAGGCCUCGUGAAGUGCAUGUGAAGCUCGGGGAAAGAUCCGGGACUUACCUCUGCUUUUGCUGAUUCCGGUGAUUAAUGCAGCGUGUCCCUUCUUGCCUUUUUUCUCCUACUCUUCUUUCUUGUUCCCUUUAUGUGAUGUUACAUCUAGUUCCUUUUGCUAUCUCACCACCUUAUCUAAUUCUCUCCCUUCUGUCAAAAUUCGUAAUCUUUUAAGGGUUUUAGAGCAGGAGGGUUGAGAUUACGGAUUCUAUUACUUCCCUGAUUUAAAAACAUCUUUAGUUUGCUCUGUUCUGAGUUUUACAUGUUGAAAGCCGAGAGUUUCGUUUGUGCUUUGUAAUCUCAUGCAUUGGACCUCAGGUGGUGUUUUGUGGUUGCAAGUUCUGCUUCUUGUGGAGUGGCAUUUGAAUUGUUACUUGAAGCUUGAUCUUUUAGAAUUAAUCUUCUUGGGUCAAAGUUCUUGCAGCGCUAACUUUUUGGUUUUGUUGGUGGGUAUCAUAUCAUGCCUUUGAGGGAGAAAUGGUCCAUAUAAAACCUUGGUUGCACUCGGGGGUAGUUUUUUUCCCCCCUUUAAAGUUUGGCUGUUAUUGUUGAAAUGGGGUUAAGGGAUUUGUCACCGAGUGAUGCGCGAUCUCUAAUUGCUUAAAUUUCAGCAUGAAUGCGGGCUUUGCUGUACCAUCAGUGAGAUAUUCUUGGUGGGUGUUAACUGUUUAGGAAUUUUGUUGCUCCUUUAACGCCAUAACUGUGAAGAUUGGAGACAUUAAUUCAAUAAUAAAAGCUAUAUACUUUGAUUUUUUUCUGCUAUUGGGUGCAUUGAUGGUCUGAUCAUGACCAGAGCUGUCCACGAUAGGAUUUUGAAGGAUGCCAAUGGUGAUACUGGUGAUCAUCUACGCAACCACAUCCAUUUGACAAAUUGUAUUCAUUUGAAGAACCAUAUGCACAAGCAUAGCCCCAUAUUAUCCGAUAGGUCUGUUGUGAGGGACCUGGUCGCCCUUCAGAGGUCAAGAUCUCUCAGGGACCCUUCUGCAAGUCCUGCCUCUUGGCAUUCAACUUCAGUUGUUGAUCUACUCCCAAAGAAGGGUGAAAAUGAUUCCAUGCUUCGGGAGGCAAGAAGGUCUACAGCAGCUGAGCACCGGAGAGAAGCUAGGAGAAUGCCAGGAAGCUCGCCACCCUUAGCAAAUUUAGCCACAUCAAAAGUUGCUCCUGGUGAGGUUGGUGGGGGUAAUGAUGGAAUAGCAGCCAUCAGUGAAUGUAGCAGCAAGAGUGGAGUUGGGAAUGGUAGAAGAGUUAGGAGAGAGGAAUCUAGUCGGAAGACUAGUAAGACUGAUAUUUUGGGUGGCAAUGAGGAGUCUCCACUUGAUCAAGAUGGUAAUGAUUUGGAGAACUCUGACCUGAAAGAUAGGAGAAGUAAACCAAGGGGGAAGCAUAUUGGAAAUAGCCAGUUAAAGAGUCUCUCUGAGCAGUUGAAUGCUGUUCAUAUGGAUAGUGAUGAUGUAGCAUCUUCUAUCAUCCGUCUUCAUGGAAAACAUUCUCGACCUGAGAAAACUAUCAGGGAACCAGAAUCCAGCAUUCCUGGGUACUGCAGUGGGUUAAGUAGAGUCAAAAGGCACAAGUUUCGAGGUGCAAGAAGAACUAAAGCUCCUACAGGUGCAAGAGAUAUUGUAGCUCAGAAUGAAUUCAAUCGGGGAUUGUCUGCAGCAUUUAAUACAUUAGCUCAGGAUUCAGGCCGUCCUAAGUAUUCCAUGGAGGAGGGAGAAGAAGAAUAUAUUGAUUCAAAUGUCCCAAGGGCUCCAAGAAAUGGGUGUGGGAUUCCUUGGAAUUGGUCAAUAAUUCAUCACAGAGGUAAAACUAUUCUUGACAUGGCUGGAAGAAGUUUGUCUUGUGGUCUGUCGGACUCAAGGUUAAAGAAAGGAGGUUCAACUGCCCAUGGGAGAGAAAUGUCUGACACACCAAUGCCAUCCGACUACUCAACCCUAUCUACAGGAUCUGAUGCAGAGGCAAUGCCUCUUCUAGUUGAGGCAUCUGCAUCUCGGGGAAGCACUGAAAAUGCUGGUUGGAUCCGUGAAUAUUCCGGUGAGCUUGGUAUCUUUUCUGAUAACUUGUACACACACGAUGUUGAUUCUGACCUUGCCUCUGAAGCCAGAUCUGGGGAUCAACGCAAGUUGAAUGGCUAUCGCAACAGUAGACACCGAAGUUUAACACAAAAGUACAUGCCAAGAACCUUCAGGGAUCUUGUGGGACAGAAUUUGGUAGCACAGGCUCUUUUAAAUGCUGUCAUGAAAAGGAAGGUUGGAUUGCUAUAUGUGUUUUAUGGACCUCACGGCACUGGUAAAAGCUCCUGUGCCCGCAUAUUUGCCAGAGCAUUGAAUUGCCAAUCCUCGGAACAUCCUAAACCUUGUGGCUUUUGCAAUUCAUGCAUUGCACACGAUAUGGGUAAGAGUAGGAACAUAAGGGAAGUUGGCCCAGUUAGUAAUUUUGACUCCGAGAACAUUACAGAGUUACUCGACAAUACAAUUGUCUCCCAGCUGCCAUCACAGUAUAGGGUGUUUAUCUUUGAUGACUGUGAUGCUUUGUCCCCUGAUUGCUGGAGUGCCAUAUCAAAGGUCAUUGAUCGAGCUCUCAGACGCGUGGUUGUUGUCCUCGUCAGUUCAAGUAUUGAUGUUUUGCCUCAUAUAAUCAUAUCCAGGUGCCAGAAGUUCUUUUUUCCAAAGCUGAAGGAUGCAGAUAUUAUAUAUGCUUUGCAGUGGAUUGCAACCAAAGAAGAUCUGGAUAUUGAUAAGGAUGCACUAAAACUCAUUGCAUCAAGAUCAGAUGGAUCAUUGAGGGAUGCUGAGAUGACUCUUGAGCAACUGAGUUUGCUUGGUCAGAGAAUUUCUGUUCAUCUGGUUCAGGAACUGGUUGGGCUUAUCUCAGAUGAGAAAUUAGUAGAUCUUCUUGAUUUAGCACUAUCUGCUGACACAGUUAACACGGUGAAGAAUUUGAGAGUAAUAAUGGAAACUGGCGUGGAACCAUUAGCGUUGAUGUCACAGCUUGCUACGGUGAUUACCGAUAUUCUUGCUGGUAGUUAUGACUUCAAAAAAGAAAGGCUUAGGAGGAAGUUCUUUCGACGACAACCCCUAUCCAAAGAAGAUAUGGAAAAACUGCGUCAAGCUUUGAAAACUUUAUCUGAGGCUGAAAAACAACUAAGGAUGUCAAAUGGCAAGUUAACAUGGCUAACUGCAGCAUUGCUUCAGCUUGCUCCUGAUCAGCAGUACAUGCUUCCUACUUCUGCAGACGCCAGUUUUAAUCACAGUCCCAUGGCCCUAGAUGAUGCUGGUGGAAGAGAUUCAGCCAGGAGAAUAGAUGAGCAUUCCAGGAUGCCCAAUAAGGGGAGAGGCUUGUCAACAGAUGUCAGAGUAGAAAAUCUCCUUGCUGGAAGUUCUGCUGAUAUCUGUGAAAUUGGUACGCUAAAGGGUAUUAGUUUAGAGAGAAAAAGACAUGUUGGCACUGGUGUGGCUCAUCAACAGACAUCUGCAUAUGCCGCUGACAUGUCUAUGGUAAGUGGCAGGCAGAUUUCUGGUAAAAGCCGUAGAGGAACUGAAGAUAUCUGGCUGGAAGUGCUUGGGAAAACUCAAAUCAAUGGCUUAAAGGAAUUUUUGUAUCAAGAAGGGAAGCUGAUCUCAGUCAGUUUUGGUGCAGCCCCGACUGUGCAGUUGAUGUUUAGUUCGUACCAAACAAAAUCAAGGGCAGAGAAACUUGGGGGGCAUAUCUUAGAAGCAUUCGAGACUGUCCUCGGGUCCCCAGUGACAAUUGAAAUAAGAUGUGAAUCAAAGAAAGCUUCAGCAUCUGGUGUGCAUGUGCCUCUUAUGUUGCCAGCUUCUGAGGUCAGCUUGUCUCAAAUUAGAGAUAUCAAUAGGGUCAGCACUCAAGCUCAGCUCUUGCAAUCUGACAAUUCUAAAAUGGGGAGUGAAAUUGUAGAAGUAGCUGCUUCUCCCAGGGGACCCAAGGGUAAUGAACACAUACAUAAUCUUGUAGCAUCUGAUAAUAGAGGUUUGGGAGGUUCAUGUGUUGGAGAAGCAACCAUGGCUUCAGCCCCAGGAAGUAGGAAAUUUGGGGAACAAAGUCAGAGCCAGAGCCUUGUUAGAAGCAAGGUAUCUCUUGCCCAUGUAAUUCAGCAGGCAGAAGGAUGUAGCCAGCGAAGGGGAUGGUCAAAACGCAAAGCAGUUUCUAUUGCUGAAAAGCUUGAACAAGAGAAUUUGAGACUGGAACCUAGAUCAAGAAGCUUACUUUGCUGGAAAGCAACAAGAGUUACUCGUCGGAAGCUUUCACGUUUGAAAAUCAGGACACAAAAGCCGCAUUCGUUGCUGAAGCUUGUAUCCUGUGGAAAGUGUCUCUCUACUAAAUCUCCGAGGUAAUGGUAAGAAUAGAAUUAUUGGAUGGAUCAGAAGGGUUGAUCCUGCUACCUCAUUUGCAUUCUUUAUCUUUAGGGAGUUUCCUGGUGUUUACUAGGUUAGUUUAUUUGUCAAUUUCUUUUUCAUUGAAUAAAGAUAUGAUUUAUAUCUGAUGAGAAUAUGUAGGAAAGAAAUUAGAUUGUGCAGCCCUAUUUUAAUUAUAUUGUUAGGCCUUCUUACAUUCAAUCAAUUGCAGCCUUGUAUGAUUGGUUGCAGUUUUCAUUCCUAUUCAUUUUAGACACUUCUGCUUAUAAUAAUUAGCCUGCGCAAGGCACUGCAUAGGAAAUGGGUUAUUUUAUAACUCUCUGCGUUACAA